AUGGCUUCUGCGCAGCAGGGCAGUUCAUACAUUCCCAUAACGGUCUUCACAGGAUUCCUGGGUGCAGGCAAGACGUCGGUCAUUCUCUCUCUCCUCCCCCAGCUUCCGAAGGAUUACAGGGUUGUAUUGCUCAAGAAUGAGUUUGGGGACAUAGAAGUUGAUAGCAAGCUGGCUGAACAGUCCAGCCUCACGGCGGUGAGUGAAAUCCUGAAUGGUUGUAUGUGCUGUGUCUUGGUGGGCCAGAUGCAGAAUGCUCUGCUAGAAAUCAGAGGCUCGUCUGAUCCACAUAAAUCUCGUAUCUUAUGUCGGGCUCGAAGGGGGUCAGCAUUUCCUGCAACGUUGGCCUUUCAGAUCCGCGAACUGGAAAGACAGACAUCGGGAGACCUUAAAUUGGAUUCGAUAGUCACCGUAGUGGAUGCCGAAAACUUCCAGGGCUAUGAAGACUCGUCGCCUACAGCAAAGAUGCAAGCAAGCUACACCGAUAUACUUCUCAUCAACAAAUGGGAACAUGUUUCUGAGCGUGCACUAGACAUGGUCAUCGACCAUCUAAACACUUUGAACGACGAGACACCCAAGAUAAAGUGCCGCGGUCGUGAUGGUGUCGACCCGCACCUCGUCUUCGGUAUCGAAACCUCUCUUUUUAAUGAGCCGGUCCCAAGCGUAGAACGACCUUGCGACUGCCCUGACAAUACGCACGACCACAACCACAGAAAUGUAGAAAUUGCGACCAAGCACACCUCCGUUUCCUCGAGCGUACUGGAAACCGCGCUUGCGUCAGUAUCAAAGGAGGUUGUUUGGCGGAUCAAAGGGUUCGUGCGUUUAGAGACUGGUGUGCACAUCCUCAACUGGGCAUUCGGACGACACGAUCUGACUCCAUCAAACGACAAGUAUAUGGAGGGCGGCGAGGUCUUAAAACUUACGGUGAUGGGUGAGAGGGGCGAAGUAAAGAAGUCGGCUAGACGAUUCGCUACUUGUUUCGACGCAGACAUCGUUUAG